CUCACAAACAUUCACUCUGGGUAGAAGACAGAGGAAAAGAGACAUGUUGGAAGCUAGCAGGGCUGCGGAGCGGCGCAUCUUGACGGGGGGACGGCCACCCUUUCCUCGAUGGGCUACCUCCCACUAAGUGGAGGGAGACACAUUAGAACUGCCUAGCUCUCACCUCGAGCACGACUUGAUAUCUCUGGAUGUUCAUAUGCGUGAUUCAGUUGACGUUUGCAAUGUGGGCGAUGGUGGUGUUACCGAGGGGGAGCUCUCCCUCCCUGUCGUCUAGGACAAGAUGGCAGCAGUGCAGGCGAACUGUGCAUGCUAUGGGUUUAUAAAUCCGUAACAUGUUCAGACAAACCCUGGAUUAUAUUUAUUGUGACUCUAUGUGAAGUGGCCACAACAUUGGAUACACUUUAUGAACCCCAAUUCGAUGGUAUGGCCUCACAAGUCUUGGUUUACCCACCACACAUUUAUCAAACCCAGACAAGUGCCUUUAGCAGUGUGAAGAAACUCAAAGUCGAGCCCAGCAGCUGUGUGUACCAUGAGAGAGCACAUCCGCGGACUUAUCUGAACAGGCGAAACCUUGGUAUUGUGCAUCCGACGAAAGCCUGCUCGUUCUUGAGUCGCGACUUGGCAGCAGACGCAAAAGUGUUUGGAGGACAAGGUUACCCCGUGAAGACGGUGAUUGUGCGGGGCGUCCAGAGACAACAGCCUGGGAAAAGAGCUGGAGGAUUGGGCCCAGCUGCGAUCCAGCAGCGACACAGCAUAGGGGCUGUCCACAAGCAGGACCAGAAUCAUCAUCAGCAGAAGACAGUCACAGCAAGUGGGAGCAGCAGUGGAGCAACAGGGGCAGGAGGAGGGGGAAGGGGAGAGGGCUGCAGUGGAGGAGGUGAGGGUGGUAGAGAGGAGGAGAAGGAGGAGGGGGAGGCAGACACAGAAUCGGACUGUGGAGGUUUGGACUCGGCUGACAGCUCUCAGCGAUGUGGACUGAAACGUAAAAGUGAAGAGCUGGAUAAUCGAGGGAGCACCAUGCAGAUUGUGGAGGAACUGUCAAUGUUGCCUGCCAUGUUGCAAACAACGAAUGUAGGAAACGCAACGGCGACUGCACCUGCGGCCGUUGGCGCUGGAGGGGGGACUAGCAAGCCGGCUGCAGGACCCGUGGGUGUUGGUGCAGCAAGGGGAGCGGGGGGAUGUGACGGGGACUACCAGGUCGUUCAGCAUGAGGUUCUUUGCUCCCUGAAGAAUAAAUACGAAGUGCUGGAUUUCUUGGGACGCGGCACGUUCGGACAGGUUGUCAAGUGCUGGAAAAGAGGUACGGGCGAGGUAGUGGCCGUAAAGAUCCUGAAGAACCAUCCUUCAUACGCCCGGCAAGGUCAAAUCGAAGUCGGUAUCCUUGCUCGUCUGAGCGCAGAGAACGCAGAUGAACACAACCUGGUGCGAGCCUUUGAAUGCUUCCAACACCGCAGCCAUACCUGCCUUGUGUUUGAGAUGCUUGAGCAGAACCUGUAUGAUUUCCUGAAGCAGAAUAAGUUCAGCCCGCUGCCCCUGAAAGUGAUCAGACCUGUACUACAGCAGGUGGCCACGGCUCUGAAAAAGCUGAAGAGUAUGAGUCUGAUUCAUGCGGACCUCAAACCUGAGAACAUUAUGCUGGUGGAUCCGGUGAGGCAACCCUACAGGGUGAAGGUCAUAGACUUUGGCUCAGCCAGCCACGUGUCCAAAGCGGUCUGCUCCACGUACCUCCAAUCUCGGUACUAUAGGGCUCCAGAAAUUAUUUUGGGAUUGCCAUUUUGUGAAGCCAUAGACAUGUGGUCCCUGGGCUGUGUGAUAGCUGAGCUUUUCCUGGGCUGGCCCCUUUACCCCGGGGCCCUGGAGUAUGACCAGAUUCGCUACAUUUCUCAGACACAAGGUUUGCCUGGAGAACAUUUACUGAAUACAGGGACAAAGACCACGCGCUUCUUUUGCAGAGAGUCAGACUCACCUUAUGCAGUCUGGAGGAUAAAGUCUACAGAUGAGCAUGAGGCUGAGACGGGGAUGAAAUCAAAAGAAGCGAGGAAGUACAUCUUCAGCUGUUUGGAUGACAUAGUGCACGUGAACCUGGUGAUGAAUCUAGAAGGCAGCGACUUAGUUGCAGAGAAGGCAGACCGCCGGGAGUUUGUGAGUCUGCUGAAGAAAAUGUUGCUCAUCGAUGCAGAGGAGAGGAUCGCCCCCGCUGAAGCUCUCAGUCACCCUUUCGUGACAAUGCAACACCUGCUCGACUUCCCUCAUAGCAACCAUGUGAAGUCAUGUUUCCACAUCAUGGAUAUUUGCUCAACCCGUCCCAACACAUAUGACGCAACCAACAGGAGUAAGGGCCCCUUCGUUAGACCCGGGGCCGCUCCUACUGCAGCCACAGUAACCCAUCCCUUCAACAAAAUGACUGUUGUCCACCCUCAAGCAUUAGCACCAUCUGCCCCCUCGGUGUUGCACCCAGGAAUACCAUUACAACCAGGAAGUGGACAGUUUGGAGCCAACGAUUCAUUUCAGCAGGCACUCAUCUUAUGUCCACCCACCAUUCAAGGAAUACCCACCAACACUGUGAAACCAGCGGCCUACUCUGUUCGAAUGGAGGCCUCUGUUCCUCUGGUCACUCAAGCGCCCCCAAUCCAGCCCAUCCAAAUCAGACCAGGAGUUAUCACGCAGGCCUGGUCAAACCGAGCCCAGCAGAUUCUGGUGCCCACUUGGCAGCAGAUGACAUCAGUUCCCCCAGCGCCAACCACUUUAGCAUCUGACACAGUGGCCGGCCCACCGAGAGUGGGUGACUGGGGGAAAGUGCGUCCCCAUGGUAACCAUUACAGCUCAAUGAUUGCCCACCCUCAGCCGUUCCUAACCAACCAAAUGACCAUGCCCGCCCACCAGCCAAUAAACAUAGGCAUUGCACAUGUGGUGUGGCCGCAGCCCGCUGCCAACAAGAGAGCAAAGCCUUGUACCAACAGGUAUGUCAUAGGCAGCAGCUUUUCCCAAAACACAAACAUCCAAAAUCUACCAUGCCAGUCCCCAAAAAUGGCUGAUACAGCAAAGAAUGUGGAAGUGGCAGCAAGGGAAGAAGCUAGGUGCCCUGAAGAGGGGCAUGCUGUUAUACAGGAGCAAGAAACGGAGCAGGCAGAAGAGGAAGACGACAACGACAACUGCUGUAAAGUAGAGCCGGACAGCGAGGAUCUCUCGGUUUCGCAGGAGCAGCGGCACGCCAUGGUCAUCUCGGAGCUCACCAGCCCGUCGGUCAGCGUCAUCAGCAUCAGUAGUGACGAAGAGGAGGGCGCCCAAAGGCACUCAAUGGGCGAAUGUAAAGGAAGUGCAGAUUGCGAGGCAUGCCAGAGCACAGUUGACAUGGAGAGAGUGUGUUCCCUCAGCAGCCCCGACAGCACGCUCAGCACCAGGUCUUCAGCCUCCGUGCAGUCUAGCACAUCACCCUGCAAACAUCCCAACAGUAUGUCCGAUGAUGAACAGGAAAGUGGGUGCGACACAGUGGACAUUUCACCUGCCUCCAACGGCAAUAACAACAGUCCCUUUCCCGAGCGGCGGUACAUGACAAACAGCAAUCAGAACUGCAAGCCUCGUGUCACUUGCGUGGCCCUGGAAACCGAGGCCAGAAGGCCAGCCCUGCGUACGGCCGCAGUUCCUCCGAUGAGGGUACUGAACAACAACACUGGCGUCGGUGAAACACCUGUCAACACAGGUCACAUGGCCUGGGAUUACGCCAUCUUAGUCGGCCACAGAGGUUCUCCCAGUUUCGGAGUCUUCGUACCAAUCCAAAGGGAGAGGCCCUUCUGGGCGGCAUCAUCACCACUCUACUCCCCUCCUCAACCGUUCCCAAAAGAUCACCCCUUCAUUCCAGCCCCAGCAGCAGCAACCUUUAGGCUUUGGGCAGGUCCAACAUUUCACUUCCUGCCACCAGGAAUGGAAUGGCAAUUUUGCCCCCCGCAGACCGCAGGCCUUCAUCCCCCCUACCAUACAUGGGCCCGCAUUCACCCUGUCCCACGGCAGUCCGAACCACUCUGCAGGCCAUCCCCACCUUGGGGGGCACCCGCACUCCCAACCCACCUUGUUGUCCUAUCCCCCGUCUGGUCCUCUGGUCACGGCCGCGCCGGUAGCCCACCUCUUGGCCUCCCCCGUGGCCUCGCGUCCCGUCCUUCAGCCCGCUUACAGCAUCUCUCACCCAGCAGGCAUCGUGCAUCAGGUCACAGUGGGCAUCAAUCCGCGGCUUUUGCCCUCCCCCACUUUGCAUCCCCAAGGUCAAUUCAAGCCCCUCUUCCCCCCGCAUUCCUACAUUGCCUCGCCGGCCUACGCCGGUUUUCCACUCAGCCCCACCAAAAUAAACCAAUACCCCUACAUCUGAGCAUGAGUACCCAGGUACUCUUCUCACUACCCGAGGGCUAAGCGCACGGGGCGAAUUCUGUCUUAAACCACAAGCAACAUGGUUUUUCAAUUUGAAAGACCAUGGCACAACCACAGAGAAAGCAAGCUAUUUUUUGAAUCAUGUCGACUUGGGUGUAAUUGAACUUCAAGCUUUAACAGGAAAAGGAAAAAAAAAAAGAACGAUGUUGGAGAUUAUUUGGGCAAAAAAAUCUGAAGGAAAUAA